AGGUUGGGUUGUCUCUAUCCUCAGCUUUGGUUAUAUACUUUUCUAUAAUACUAGUUUUCUGUAUUAACAAUAUUCACACACCCACCAUAGUUUGGGUGUUGAAAAUGGGAAUCACGAUAACUUUAGCUGCACAGUUUCUCUCUGCUCUUCUAUUGCUUGGUUUCUAUGGCACACUAGUUUGUGCUAAAUACAUAAAGUAUGAUACUGGGGCUGGUGUUGUGCCUGGAAAAUUGAAUGUUCACCUCGUUGCACACUCCCAUGAUGAUGUUGGUUGGCUGAAGACCGUUGAUCAGUACUAUGUUGGGUCAAACAAUAGCAUUCAGGGGGCGUGUGUUGAGAACGUGCUGGACUCGGUGUUGGUGUCUCUUCAGAAAGAUCCAAAUAGAAAGUUUGUGUUUGCCGAAAUGGCAUUUUUCCAUCGAUGGUGGGUAGAACAAAGUCCAGAAACACAAGAACAAAUGAGAAAGCUUGUGGAUGCAGGGCAGCUAGAAUUCGUAAACGGUGGUUGGUGCAUGCACGAUGAAGCAGCGACACACUACAUAGACAUGAUUGAUCAAACCACUUUGGGCCAUCGCUUUAUAAAGGAGCAGUUUGACAAGACUCCUCGUGUUGGAUGGCAGAUUGAUCCAUUUGGACACUCUGCUGUGCAGGCUUACCUACUCGGCGCUGAGCUUGGGUUUGAUUCUUUACAUUUCGCUAGAAUUGAUUAUCAAGACAGAGCUAAACGCAAAGCUGACAAAUCUCUUGAAGUUGUUUGGCGUGGCUCCAAAACUUUUGGUUCUUCUGCUCAGAUUUUUGCCAAUGCUUUUCCUGUUCAUUAUAGUGCUCCAAAUGGUUUUAAUUUUGAAGUCAAUAACGACUUUGACCCGUUACAGGAUGAUCCUCUUCUUUUUGAUUACAAUGUUGAACAACGUGUCAAAGACUUUAUUGAUGCUGCUACUACCCAAGCAAAUGUAACGAGGACAAACCAUAUAAUGUGGACAAUGGGAGAUGAUUUCCAGUACCAAUAUGCAGAGUCUUGGUUCAAGCAAAUGGAUAAAUUAAUUAACUAUGUUAACAAGGAUGGUAGAGUAAAUGCUUUGUAUUCCACUCCAUCAAUUUACACGGAUGCCAAAAAUGCGGCCAAUCAAACUUGGCCAUUGAAAAUAGAUGAUUACUUUCCAUAUGCUGAUAGACCAAAUGCUUAUUGGACUGGCUAUUUCACAAGUCGCCCAGCCUUUAAGAGAUAUGUUCGAAUGCUAAGUGGAUACUAUUUGGCAACACGUCAACUUGAAUUUUUGGCUGCAAAAAAAUCAACCAAAUACCAUACUUUUGACCUUGCAGAUGCUCUAGGAACUGCACAACACCAUGAUGCUGUUAGUGGCACUGCUAAACAACAUACAACCGAUGACUAUGCCAAACGAUUGGCUAUUGGAGCCUCUAAGGCUGAAGCAGUUGUUAGUUCUUCUCUGGCUUGUCUUACUAGUAAGCAAUCGAGUGAUCAAUGUUUAACAUCGGCAUCGCCAUUUUCCCAGUGUCAAUUGUUAAAUAUCAGUUAUUGCCCUCCAACAGAAGACAACAUUCCAGAGGCUAAGAGUUUGGUAGUAGUGGUAUAUAAUCCACUUGGAUGGAAUCGUACUGAUAUUAUCAAAAUUCCUGUUAAUGAUGCUAAUCUUGUUGUCAAAGAUUCAUCGGGCAAUAACCUUGAAGUACAAUAUGUGGAUGUGGAUGAUGUUACAACAAAUUUAAGAAAAAUCUAUGUGAAGGCCUAUUUGGGGUUGUCACCGAAACAAGCCCCAAAGUAUUGGCUUUUAUUUCAGGUGUCAGUACCACCACUUGGAUGGAGUACCUACUUCAUUUCUAAAGCAAAUAAAAAAGGGACCAGAAGAAAAGUUCUAUCUCACCUCAACAGACAGAAAAGUGAGACCAUUAACAUUGGGUCGGGAAAUUUAAAGAUGUCAUUUUCCUCAACCUCCGGACAACUCAAAAGGAUGUAUAAUUCUAAAACUGGAGUUGAUAUACCAAUUCAACAAAGCUACCUUUGGUAUGAAUCUAGUGACGGUGAUAGUGAUCCUCAGGCUUCUGGUGCAUAUAUUUUUCGGCCUACUGGAUCUUCUCCAAAUAUCGUUUCAAGAUCAGUACCCAUCAAGGUAAUCCGCGGACCAUUAGUUGAUGAAGUUCAUCAGAAAUUUAGCUCUUGGAUUUACCAGGUUACUAGGCUUUACAAAGACAAAGACCAUGCUGAAAUUGAAUUCACUAUUGGUCCAAUUCCUACUGAUGAUGGAGUUGGAAAAGAAGUGAUCACACGAAUGACAGCAAAUAUGGCCACAAACAAGGAGUUUUAUACCGAUUCUAAUGGAAGGGAUUUUCUAAAACGAGUUCGAGAUCAUAGGGAAGAUUGGCCACUUCAAGUUACUCAACCAGUAGCAGGAAACUAUUAUCCUCUUAAUCUUGGAAUUUAUACUAAGGAUAAGAAAUCUGAGUUCUCAGUCUUAGUUGAUCGUGCCACUGGUGGGGCUAGCAUCAAAGAUGGUGAGGUUGAAUUGAUGCUUCACAGGCGUAUUCUCCAUGAUGAUGGACGAGGAGUCGGGGAACCACUUGAUGAGCAAGUUUGCAUUAACAAUAAUAAAACCUGUGAAGGACUAACAGUAAGAGGAAAUUAUUAUAUUAGCAUCCACAAGGUUGGAGCUGGGUCACGGUGGCGCCGUACAACUGGUCAGGAGAUUUAUUCACCAUUGUUGUUGGCUUUUACACAUGAGAACUUGAAAAAUUGGAAGUCCUCUCAUUUGACCAAAGGAACUAUCAUGGAUCCAAAUUACAACUUGCCUCCUAAUGUUGCUUUGAUAACUCUUGAGGAGUUGGAUGGUGGAACUGUGCUUCUCCGUUUGGCACAUUUAUAUGAGCCAAGUGAAGAUACUGAGUAUUCAACUCUUGCCAAAGUUGAACUAAAGAAGUUGUUUGCCAUGAAAACGAUAAAGGAGUUGAAGGAGACAAGUUUAUCAGCUAACCAAGAGAAAUCAGAAAUAAAGAAGAUGACAUGGAAGGUUGAAGGAGACAAAGGAAAAGAACCUCAAGCAGUUAGGGGUGGCCCUACCAACAAUCCUAAUUUCGUUGUUGAGCUUGGUCCAAUGGAAAUACGAACUUUCCUAUUGAAGUUUUGAAACAUCUCAAGUCAUCAUUGAUGAUUUUAUUUGAAGAAUAAACAUGUUUGAUCACAUGAUUUUAACCAUGUGAAAAUGGUAGAAGGAUACUAAGAACAUUGGAGGAAAUCUUUGAAAGAAAUCUCGUGGUGAAUAAUAUAUUUAAGAAUGUGACUUUUAACCAAAUCUAACAGAGUCGAGAAAUAACGUUACCAAUCCCACAUAAUGAAAUAAGAUUAUUGUUGUUAAUUGUUUUA